UGCGUUUUAGUGACAGUCUGAAGCGAAGUUCGGCGGACGAGAGAUGACGUUGAUACUACUGGCCGCCCUGUCGAGCAUCUACACCGGGAUGUUCAACUACGUGAAGGCCAAAUUCCCGUUCGUAAUCGAGGCCUCCAUGGUGACCCUGUGCUUUGGCUCCAUCGUGGGUCGAUUCUGCAUAAUGGUUUAGGAGAAAAGUGAGCAGACUCGAGACUGUGCGAAUCGAAGGAGCUUUAUAUUUAUAUGAAUGUGUCUUGUGGCCUAAUGUGAAUACAACUAAAAACUUAAACCUAA